AGAAGUGCAAAAAAUCUUCCAUAGUUUAUUUAUUUACAAAAGUAGAAAAAUACUUUAAUAUUAUUAUUUGAGACAAUCAAGGGAGCAAACUAAACAAAUCAAGCUUUUGUGUGCACUGUUAUGUUGAUUGAGACAUUCCAAACUACUUUCUAAGCUAAAACAUGGAUGAGAAAUCUUUGUUAGAAAAUUGCCUUCAAGCUGUAAGUAAACACAUAGAACGCUUUAGCUACGCGUUUAAUACUUCUAAGGAUGCUGUGUUGAAAAGGAAUUUGGAAUACCUUCAGUUCUGCUUUUCAGAUGAGUUGCAGCAAAUAAUGUCAACAGUUGACAAUAUUAAGGAAGAAUGUUUCCCCUUACUUAUUAACAAGUAUAUGCGUGAAUUAAAUCUAAGCAUGCUUGAUCGACUUGAUGGGAAAACCAUUGCCCAAAUGAUUGCUGAAGUUGGAGAAGGACUUGACACAAUUUCAUUCAGUACACGCAGACCUUUUUACCAAGAUCCCGGAUUUGCUGACAUUUUCCCACACCUGAAAAAUAUUAGAAUUUUAAAUAUGGAGCACACAUGCAAUGAUGAAGCUUUAAAAAAUAUUGCAGACCAUUGUCCAAAUUUGGUUGAACUGAAUAUUGCCUACAGUAUUGUUACAAAUGAAGGAUUGCAAAGAUAUUUAUGUCAAAAAGAUGAAGUGACGCAAGUUCCUAAGUUGAAUCUUCAAAAGUUAAAUCUUGAUGGGACGGGUGUCAACGACAACCAAACUGCAUUAAUUCUUAAGACUUUUCCUGAGCUAAAAGUAUUAAACGCACCUAGCAUGCCUUGUAUUUUGCACAAAAUGCAUCAGAAUAAUUUUUCUAAUUUGAGGAAAUUCAAGUUAACGCAUUUGGAUACAUUAUUUUGUCCACAUUUAUCUUCUUCACCUCAAAUUUUAAGGCUGUAUGCUUUAGCAUGCCCUGCUGUGAGAAGUUUAAAAACUGUUGUUACUAAUUGUGUCCAAUUAGAUACAUUGACAACUUUAACAGAAUUGAAAGAUGUGAAGUUGGAUUGUGAUGAGCUUUAUUCAAAACCACUAAUAAAUGGUUUUUUGUACUGCGCAGGUUCUAGAUUAACAGUCCUAAAGCUUGAUAGCUUUACUCUUUCUGUUGAAACAUUGAUGGAAUGCUGCCCUCUUUUGGAAGAGCUGCAUUUGAAAAACACAGUUUUGCUAGCCCUUAAAACUGAAAUUGUGCUCAGAGAAUUCAAAUUUUUGAAGAAAUUUUACUUGGAAAGUGCCAAUUUCAGACGUGUGGGAAAACCAAUCUGUGCUAUUCUUUCAUCUGUUCAUAAAUUAGAGGAAAUAGACUUUUUCAGUUGCAUAUUUUUCAGUGAUGAAAUUCAGGAUGCAGUUACCAAGUGCUGUGUUCGUUGUCCUCUCAAAAGUGUGUACUUUUCUGAUUCCGAUUUUAGCUUCUCCUUGUUGCAAUCUAUAUUGCUCAACUCUUGCACAUUGAAACUUCUUCGUGUUGAAAACCCUAUCUGGUAUACAGGUAGGCACACAUACCAAGACAAUAUAGAGCAUUUGUCUGAAAUUGCGUCUGAUGCAAUAAAUAAACCAAUAUUUGAAAUCGAAGACGAAGAUAAUGACUUAGAUGCUGGUCAUGAUCUUGAUAUUUUUUCUAACGUGUAUAGAGAAUUUAACUGGGGCAUCAACUGAUAAUUAGAAGAUGAUAAUGAUGGCAGUGAUUUAAAUUAACAGUGACUUAAAAACUGAUAAUUGGGGGAUGAUAAUGAUCACACAGACUUAAAUUGGUCUUGUGGAGGUAUUGUAUUUUAUUGUUAACUUUUCUACAUUAUGCAAAUGUACAUAGAAGUGCUGAUA